AUGAAUUAUGCUGCUAGAUCUACUAUGGUUAAGCAUGUCUUAAAUGCCCUUCCCACUCAUCAAAUGGGUGUUUUUAGAGUUCCUAAAACCACCAUCAAUCAAUUAGACUCUAUACAAAGGCAAUUCUGGUGGGGGGAAGAUAGUAAUCACAAAGGAAUAUACUUUAUAGGCUGGGAAAAACUUCAGAUACCUAAAAGUUUAGGAGGCCUUGGAUUUAGAAAUUUAGAGCAUCUAAAUACUGCUUUGCUGACUAAAGUUGCCUGGAAUGCUUGUACUGAUGAUAAUUCUCUUUGCUAUAGAGUCCUUAAGUCUAAAUAUUCCAAAUAUGGGAGUAUUCUUCACUUAGAUAAACUUAAGGAUGAUGGUUUUAGACUCUGGAGAAGUAUAUACUCAGGUCUUGAAGUGGUGCAACAACACACUAGAUGGCAAGUGAGAUGUGGCACCAAAGUAAACAUUUUGCUAGAUAGCUGGGUUAUUGGUUUAAAUAACCCACCUGCUCCAGUUGUUGGAUUAUCUAGUCUUGUUAAUUUUACUCUUGUCUGUGACUUGUUCUUAGCUGGUACCAGACAAUGGAAUAUUGAGAUUGUGAAUACUCUUUUCUCCCAAGAAUGUGCCAAUCUAAUUCUCAAUAUGAGAAUCCCCAUUACAGGUGAAGACUCCAUGAUAUGGAUGCCUGAUAGAAAAGGUAAUACUAUCCCCACUGAAGUCUGGAAGAAUUUGUGGAAAUUCAAAGUUCCACAUAGAAUUCAAAUUUUUAUAUGGAAAUGCCUUAAGAAAAUAGUUCCAACUAGAACUAGAAUUGCUAGAUAUAAACAAGGUUUAUGUGUAUCAUCUGGUACAUAUGGAAAGAUAGGCGUUCAAUAG